AUGGGGUGCGUUGUAUGCCACGGUUCUUCUGUCCAUGCUAACCUUCUCCCUGCUAGGUCAUCAAGCCGUCAUAGUCACGUCCACGUCGACAUUACCCACGUUCGCUCGCGCUCCCCUUCUCCUGCUUCACAAGACGACGAGCUCCACGAGAACGGCGUCCAGGUCUCUCCCGCCGAAAUUUCCCCCCAAUACUCUGUGAUCCAGCCGACUCAGAGCCAGAGUGGCUCCUCUUCACAUCCCGGUGACUUCGUACAAUUAGAUUACCCUCACGAACUGCAAGAAGGUGAUGGCUCCGACUCAGCCUCGAGAGUAGAUCAUCGAGAAAGAGUACAACGAUACGACACCAGAUCAGACUCAACACGGCGGCAGCCGUCUCGUCGCCAACAGUCCCUCCGCGAACCUGCACGCAGUCGCACCCGAGAACUAAGAGAGGCUGCACCUACAGAAAGUGGUGACUCUACAGAAGAGUUUCUGCGAACUGAUAUCGAUCCUCGAAUGCCUCGACCUCAAUCGUACUAUGGGCCCAACGGGUAUACCCAGAGCGCUUCCUCAGCCUCAUAUGCAUACCCCCCUGUGCCUCAUUCUGGUCAGAUGAUUCCUUUACAAGCACAGCCUAUGACCAUGCCCUAUCCAUCCCACUAUCCUCACAUGGGUGGCGCCCAACCAGUUCAAUAUCCGCCACCAUCAGGUUACCCCGGGGGUUAUUCUCAUGCUCCUUCUCAAGUUAGCUCUCCGUAUUCCCCCCCGUACGGCGCUCCCACCAUAGUCAGCUACGGGGGGCCACCUGGGGGUGGCUAUUUCCCUUCGCAAUAUCCCCCUCAGUUUGGACCCCAGCAAUAUCCUCACCAAUAUCUCCAAUACCACCAGCAGAUGCCUUAUCCAUACAUGGACUAUCGCAUCCCACCCCCGCUAGUACCAUCUCCUCAACCCGGAUCUGUGAAUGUUUCUGCCGACAAGCUCGAGGCCAAGAAAGAGGAUCCGGAGGAGAUGUUCAAGCGAUUCGCAGACCUGUUGAAAGAACAAAAGGCGCAGGCAGAGAUGACCAAAGAAGCACAAGCCGCCGAGAAUGCCAAAGCUGCGGCGGCACAGGCUGAACAAGAAGCUCGCAUUCGGCAGGACGCUCUGCGGCAGGCGGAGGAGAAGGCACGACAGGAUGCCAUCCGCGCAGAAGAAGAGAAGCGUAUUCGAGAUCAAGCACUCAUUCAAGCAGCCGAGAAAGCACGAGCGGAAGCUUUGCAGGCUUCGGCACGUGCCGAAGAAGAGAGACGCAUUCGCGAAGAAGCCAUCUUAGCGGCCGAAGCCAAGGCCCGUGCGGAUGCUGCCGCAUUGAAUGAACGUAUGGAGGCAGAGCGCCGCAUCCGAGAGGAAGCCAGACAGGAAGCCAUACGUGCAUAUGAGGAGCAAGUCAGAAAGGUGGCGGAGCAGGCGGCUCACGAACAACAGAUUCGUAAAGAAGCCGCCGAGGCUGCGUUGCGAGCUGCCGCUGAAGAGGCCGCUGCUCGGGCUGAGAAGGCAGCGGCCGAAAAGAAAAUUGCGGACGAAGCUGCAGCAGCUGCCAAAUCUCAAGCUGAGCAGGCAGCGGCGGAGGCAGCAGCCGCAGCACAAGCCGAAGCCAAAAAGGCACAAGAAGAGGCGGAGGCUAAACUGAAGGAGGCCGAGGCCCAGGCAGCUAAAGCAAAGGCGGAGGCAGAAGAAGCAGAGAAGAAGGCUGCGGCCGCAGCUCCUCCUGAGAAAAAGGCUCCUGUCAGAUUCAAGGACGCAAUUGGGCGCAACUAUAACUUUCCCUGGGAGCGAUGCCACCGUUGGCGAGACAUGGAAGGACUGAUAAACCAGGCUUUUGCCCACGUUGAUGGCCUCGCUGAUGCUGUCAUGGCCGGUCGCUAUGACUUGAUCGGCCCUGACAAGGAAAUCAUCAUGCCGAACUACUGGGAAUCGACUAUCGAGCCUGACAUGCACAUCACCAUGAUGUUGUGGCCGGUUCCGGAGCCAAAGGAAGAAGGGCCACCUGCGCCUCCUGAUUUAGACCCGGAUGCCAUUCUCAUGGUGGAUGAAAUCCUCAAUCCUCGAGAAAAGAAGAAGCCCCAUCCCAAAAAGAAAAAACCGGGAGGACUCGCCAGCUGGAUGCUGGGAGGGGCUCCGAGCCGGUCCUCCUCGCGGGCUUUAAAAGGUGAGAAAAAGCCUGAAGUAGCCGCUCGAUCGCAGCACGGUGCUGCGGAACAAGAUUCGUGCACCGUUAUGUGA